AUGGAACCUUACAAGACUAAAGACAUUAAUCUCAUGGAGAAAUCCGUUCGGGAAAAGGAAGUCCAGGAUGAGAACAAUACUGAUUCCGAUGUAGAUUCACAGACCGAAAUCUUGCGGGCUGCUGGUAUAGGCAUAGCCAAAGAUGAUCCUACAGAGCCAGUCCUCACUCUACGAAUUAUUUACGUUCGUCUCGGCGCCGAUGUUCUGACAGAGCAGCAAAUGUUCUACGGCUACAAGGCAGGAUGGGGGUUCCAAAUUCUCAUUACUUUCUCCACAUUCCUCAUCGGUUUCUGUCUUGCCGGGAUAUUCCGGUCGAUUGUAGUCGUUCCUCAAGAGCUGAUCUGGCCUGGGGUUCUGGGUGUUACUGCAUUGACCACAACCCUGCACCAUGUCCACCAGGAACAAGUGCAAGUGCGUUACGAUACUUGGAAAAUGUCUCGCUAUGCCUUCUUCGCUAUGGCAUUUUGCAUCUCAUUCUGCUGGUAUUGGUUCCCGGACUUCAUCUUUCCUGCGCUUAGCUAUUUUAGCUUUCCGUGUUGGAUCAAACCUGAGAGCAAAGUAGUCAAUCAGAUCUUCGGAAUGAGUUCCGGGAUGGGACUCUUACCGAUUACCUUUGAUUGGAGCCAGGUAUCUUACGUUGGGUCUCCCUUGCUCAUUCCCUCGUGGGCAGUUCUCAACGUCUUCAUUUCCCUGGUGUUCUGGAUCUGGAUUGUGGCUGUUGCUCUUUACUAUACCAAUGUGUGGAACACAGGCUACCUACCUUUUCAAAGCUCUCAGGUAUUCGACAAUACUGGAAAGACUUACAAAGUCAAACAGAUCGUCAAUGCGGCUUCAGGCUACAAGCUCGAUGUAAAGAAGUACCUUGCUUACUCGCCGGUCUAUAUGCCAGUCACCUACGCGUUAAACAUGUUUGGGCUAUCAUUUGCAACCCUAAGCGCUCUUCUUGUUUGGGUUAUUCUUGAAAGGCGUCAUGUCAUGGCCGAUGCAGCCAAAAGAGUGCCUCGACUGGUUUUUGAGUCUCUUCCUGGUCGCUCCAGAGCAUACAGCGAGGACGAGAGGGGAGACCCGGAUGUGCCCUUAUGGUGGUAUUUGGUUGCAUGCGUCUUAGCCUUGUUUAUGUCAAUCUUUGCCGUCGAGUGGUGGAACGUUGAACUGAGAUGGUACGGUGUUUUGCUAGCGUGUGCUGUGGCACUGGUGUUCUAUCCUCCGUUGGCUUUGGUCUAUGCCACUUCCAACCUCAAGAUCAAUAUCGAUAUUUUCUGUCGUAUCGUAGCCGGUUUUGUCUUCGAGGGCAAGGUCCUGGCUAAUAUCUGGUUUUUUGACAUCGGAUACAUCACGACCAUCAAAGUAGGCCCUCGUCGCUAUUUCUCGAACCAAAUUGGCUAUUCCGCUUUGCUUUAUUUCUUCAUCAUCGGUGCCAUUUUACCCAUCCCCGUCUAUUAUAUGACCCGCCGAUACCCCAACUCGCUGUGGAGAAGGAUCCAUGUUCCCCUCUUCCUCGGAGGGCUGAAUUACCUGCCCCCUGCGACCGGGAUGAAUUACGGCAGUUGGGCAGCUGUCGGACUCACCUUUGGCUGGCUUGUUCGAAAGCGUCUGCAUGGCUGGUGGAGUAAGUAUAACUUUGUGCUGAGCUCUGCCAUGGACUCAUCCGUGGGAAUUGCCGGUGCGCUGAUUUUCUUGACAAUUUAUUUCACUGGAGCCAGCGAACAUUUCAAGUGGUGGGGAACGGAGGUUCACAAGAACACCUGCGACUGGAAAGGCUGUGCAGACCUUUCCAUACCAAAGGGCCAAAAGUUCGGCAUGUAG